AUGCGGCAAAUCAUCUUCGCUAAACUCCUCUUGACCGCGUGGGCGGAUCUGGCUGGCCUGGCAGCCGCCGCGCCGGCCGCGCAGCAGCGGCAGCAGCAUCCGGCGCGCGGCGACACGGGCGCCAUCGCGCGGGAGACGCCCAAGUCGGCCAUCGACCGGCUCAACGGCGGCUACUACAACGAAGCCCAGGGCCUCUGGUCGCCGUCGGACCCGUGGUGGCUGACGGGCAACGCGCUGCACAGCGUGCUCGACUACAUGGACGCGACGGGCAGCCGCGAGUACCUGGCCCUGGCCCGCAACACCAUCGACCGCAACAAGGGCGUGCUGCCGUCGUGGCCGCAGGGCGCGGGCCUGUUCCGCGCCGCCUCGACCGACGACACGGCCUGGUGGGCGCUGGCCCUGACGCGCAUGUACGACGUCACGGGCGAGCUGCAGUACCUCGACAUCGCCGUGCUGGACUUUGAGUACCUGGGCGGCCACUGGGACGCGUCGGCCUGCGGCGGCGGCGUGAUACAGGAGCUGGCGCCCGGGCGCGAGCCGUACAAGAACGCCAUCAGCAACGCCCUCUACGUCAAGCUGGCGGCGUCGCUCGCCGUGCGCGACCCGUCCGACCCGCAGUACCUGCAGCGCGCGACCGAGGGCUGGGAGUGGUUCCGGCGCUCGGGCAUGAUCAACGCCGACGGGCUCGUCAACGACGGCAUCGACGCGGCCUGCAGGAACAACGGCCAGAUGACAUGGACGUACAACCAGGGCGCCGUCAUUGGGGCGCUGGUCGAGCUGAGCCGCGCGUCGGGCGACGGGGCCUACCUCGAGCCCGCGCGGGCCGUGGCCGACGCCGUCAUGCGGAGCCCCGAGCUGAUGCGCGGCGACGGCGUGCUCAAGGAGUCGUGCGAGGUGGACCGCGGCGACUUCUGCAACGCUGACCAGUCCUCCUUCAAGGGCAUCUUCGCCCGCAACCUGGCCGAGCUGGACAGAGCGCUGGACGGGAACCCGUACCGCGACUUUUUGCGUAAGAACGCGCAAGUCGCGUCGGGGCCCGGCCGCGACGGCGACAGCAACUACGGGCUGCGCUGGGCGGGGCCGUUCGUCGGGACGUCGAUGAGCGCCCAGUCGUCGGCUGUCGGGCUGCUCGUGGCGGCCUUGUAG